AUGUACAUGCUCGAAAAGACGAAUCCUGACACUGUAACUCGUGUGGUAGUGGAUGAGGCCAACAAAUUUAAGUAUCUGUUUUUUACCUUGGGAGCUAGCAUAGAAGGGUUCAGCGCGAUGAGGAAAGUCCUCAUUGUGGAUGCAACACACCUCAAGAAUGUUUAUGGUGGAGUUCUACUUGUUGCGGCUGCUCAGGAUCCUGAUUAUCACACCUACCCAAUUGCUUUCGGUGUCGCAGAUGGUGAAAAAAAUGAUAGCUGGAUGUGGUUUAUGGAACAGUUGAAAUCAGUGAUAGGAGAUGUCCCGGGAUUGGCCACGUCCGUAACCACAGACACUUGUGCAUUUAAGUUUAUGGAGUGCACACACGCUUAUACAGUGGCUGAGUUCUUGAACCUUUAUGAUGCUUUUCACAGAAAGUAUCCUUCUGCAACGGAGUAUCUUGACAAAAAUGUUGAAGAGAGGAAAUGGGCUAGAUGUUACUUUGAAGGAGAUAGGUACAAUGUUGACACCACCAAUUCAGUGGAAUCUUUUAAUGGUGCAGCUGAGAUACCACCUACACUAAAGCUUGUGCCUAUUGUGGAAACGGAAAUGUCCAAAAGAUGUGUUGAUGGAGGGUUUCUUGAGGUUGAUGAGUUAAACAGUUUCCGUCUUGAGUACAGUGUAAAAGGUAGUGAUGGGAAGGUUUAUACCGUUGAUAUGGCUAUGUUGACUUGCAGCUGUGAGCAAUUUGAUAAAGACAAAUACCCAUGUGUUCAUGCUGUAGCUGCUGCCACAUUCAUGACUGAUAAAACGGGAAGGGAACUCCAUUUAUCUGAGUAUUGUAGUAAGUAUUAUUGGGUUGAGCUAUGGGCUUUGGCUUAUCACAUGACAAUAUAUCCUGUUCCUCAUAUGUCUGAUUGGGUUAUACCAGAAGAAGUUAGAGCACUGAAAGUACUUCCUCCGGAUUAUGAUGUCAAGAAAGGAAGACUACAACAAACAAGGUUUCCAUCAGCAGGAGAAUCUCGUGGAAGAGGAAAAAGAAGCAGAGGGAGUGGCAGAGGGAGAGCCAGAGGCACGGGCAGAGCCAGAGGAGAAGGUAUGGCAGCAUAUUUUGAAUGUGGAAGUGCUUCGGAUUCAGGUGUUUGA